AUGGCCAUCAACCGGAAGUGUGAUGGUGUAGAACGACUGGAGCGGUACGUUGGUCGAAUACAUUCGGAGUAUCCUCUCACCAUUUCCAGCUGGAUUAGGGUAGGGGCAUGAAUGCCAGUAUUCGUCUUUUUGGAGAAACGCAUUCGCUCGAUAUAGCCGAUUUUCAUUAAAAACCGACAAAACCGUCUUCUGUUGUCUACAGUCUGACGACCGGACGUGAUGCUGACCACAACGGUAGCAGGAUGGUAAUUGUUUUGAGGGAGUUGAUGGUUGCUAUUUAGGUGAAGACCCAGUAGUGUUGACCAGGGAGACAGCCACUUCAGGUUCCAAGGAUGAUUUCACUCCAUCAUUUGGCUGAUUCAGCUGCUGGAGGUUUUGCCGUACGCGCUCCUGAUGACUGGCGGUAUCACAGGAUUUCUCCCAUGACAAAGCCCUCUUCUCCGAUAAGAGAAUUUCCUGAGCUUUUUGAUCGCGCAAACCAACGAUCAACUGCUAAACGAGCAUUGCGCGCUCGAAGUUGUCUGCCUUGAUCUCAUUAUACCUACAGUCCUGGAUGGCCAGAGUCAGAGCCGUAAUAAAAUCACCUACGAAUUGAUAGGAUUCCUGACGCAUCUGACAAAACCAUAGAGACUGGGGAAGACGUCUUUUUUCCCCGCGCUGACUCGAGCUUUGUGAAGGUCGUUUGAAGAUCCGUAGCCUCUUGUAGAUUAAGAGCGUCGAAAUACCGCUGUCCCAACUCUCCGAGAUUCGUCCGGAGGAAUUUCAACUUAGAGGUAACGCCUAAUGCAAUCGUGGGUGACAAAAUCGGAAGUAGUUCAACGUAAUCCUGAAAUGUCUUUCUCCAUUGCAGCCACGUGUCAUUUGAGGGUUUCGGAGCGGUUUUCGGCCAGAAAGGCAACGGUGUAGGCAACAAUGAAGCCAUGUUCGUUAAGCUGCAUCGACACUGUUAGUUUGCAAAACAGAAGGCUGUAGACAGGACGUGCACUGGGUACGGGAGACAACAGAAGUGGGGAGCCUUGUAGAAACGGCUGGGGGAAAUGUUAUAGGCUGAAGGGUGGCCAAUCAGCACCAAGGUUGUCUGAAAGGGGAUACACGACGUUGGUCGCGCGCAUGUGGUGUGAAGACUAGACAGUCCGGGUAGCAUACUCUGCAAUGGGAUGGUCGUCGUCGCGGGUUUUGAGGCAGGGAGAACAAAAGGUCUGUUUAUGGAAGAAAUUUAUGUGGCAGGGUUGUUUUUGCAUUGCGUCCGUAGGUGUCAGAAGAGGCCGAUUCGUGCUCGGAAUGUGCGGUGGCAGCGGGGACGUCCUGUAAUCGCUUGGCUGUUGCCAUCUUGUAUCCGAGGCGCUUGGGACUUGCGGGCCGCCCUUUUGGUUUGGGCAGCGGCGAUCCGGUUUGCCUUGUAGAUUGUUGUACCGGUCUUCACUGCUGUUCUCCAGGUGGGUCUGUCCUGGGCGAGGUCCUCCCAGGUCCAUGGCGUUGUUUUUGUUCUGCCUUUCGGUGAGCACCCGUAACGACACUUCGUCACAAGGUAGCUAUUCCAUCCUAUUUGCAGUUGCCUCAACAUGGAGUGAAUGCUGAGGAUGCCAGUUCGUCUCCAAAAUUCUGUGUCCGGGUCGUCAUGAUGACGGCCUUGUACAUUGUCAGUUUGGUGUUCACUUGAUGGACGUGGCGAUUUCACGCGGAGGCUUGCAGCCGGCUGCAAAUCUGGAUGACUUUGGAGAUCCGAUGGGCAAACACUCCGUCGAUCUUUGUGACACGCGAGUGUGUGUUCCCUCAGUUUUAAGUUGGCUGUCGUUCUCGUUGAUUCGGGAGUGCUGUAUUCCAUGUUGGGUGACGGUUGGUAUAUGACCACCGUUUUGUCCGUGUUGGUUGUGUGUCUGAAUUUGGCGCCUCCAGUGGUCAAUAGGCCCAUGCACCUUUGCAUAUCCUCUAAGGUCGUGAAGUUGAGUUUGCAGUCGACCGCGAAGGGCAGGCCGUGAAAUGUAGUUAAAGGUAGCCGUUAUAAGGUCUGCAUUCACCUGCUGUUGAAAAGAUGUCCGUGAGUCCUAUAGGUGAUACGUAUUCCAGGUUGCCCAUUACGGUAGGCGUCCAUCAGCGUGGCAGAGAACAUGAGCUGGAAGAAGAUGGGCGGUAGUUCACAACCCUGCUUCACAUAACUGGUCACUACAAAUGCCUCGAUGAUCGUCCCGUUGUCCAUAGGGAGCGCCAUCAUCCCGUCGUGGAGCUAACGCACCAUGUUCGUUACUCAUUCAGGACAGCCGAAUUUCUGCCUGAUUUCCCAAAGUCCAUCGAGAUUUACCAUGUCGAAAGUUUUCCUCAAGUCCGCGAAGAUAGUGUAGAGGUGGGUCUGAAUUUCCUGUCUUUUCUUUUGUAGCUGGCGGUCGAGGAAGAUCAGGUCAGUGGUUCCGCGGCGGCGUUGGAACGCACACUGAGUUUCCGGCAGAAGUCCUUGUUCGAGAUGGCCGUUGAGAUGUUCGGGGCGAAUGCAAGCGAAGAUCUUCCCGGCGAUGUUGCGAAAGGAGAUUCCUCCGUGGUUAUUACAAAGUUGCUGGUUCCCUUUCCGAUUGUAAAGAUGGACGAUCGUCACAGCCCUGACAUCUUAAGGAAGCUGUCCUUGGCGCCAGAAUUCCUAAACUAUCGUCACAAUUUGACCCAUCAGCCGGUAGCCGCGGGGCUCGUGGACUUCGACCGGAAUCGCGUGAGAUUUCGGUGCCUUCCCAAUGGAGAUUUGGUGCACGGCCCGAUUUUAUUCUGGUAGAGAAGGCGGCAGAUCCCCUUGAGAAAGUCGAUUGAUGACGGCUUCGGAGAUUGUAGAUGGGCGGUUGAAGACAUUUCUGAAGUGCACGGUCCAGCGCUUCAGAAUUUAUGAUUUUUUCGUCAGAAGCUUUGUUCCAUCGGGGCUAAGAGGCGUUGCGGCUCCUUUGUUUGAGGGACCGUAGGUAGCUCUGAACGUUGCAAAGAAGUUCUUUGAUUCAUUGCGGUCUGCAUACCCCUGGAUUUCUACGGUUUCGUAGGCCAUCCAGUCGUUUGGCAUCUCCCGAGGCCCAUUCCAAAAUGCUCACAAAUUCAACCCACUAGUUUUGUAAUUUCUCCAGUCAAGUGCACAAUAAUUUUCUGGAAAUGGUGGUAGGAAUCCUCGUUGUAAGAUCCGGCCUGCGCUGGCUGGCUAGACGGUUGUAUGCUUCCGCAACUGCUUUGCUAUCAUAACGCCCAAAACUACUUUUUUCAGCUAUAUUGCGACCUAGGAUUUAUUACUGCCUCCUGCCUCAACUCGAUCUUCUGGUCAGAAUCGGAUUUCUGUGCUCCGAGUCUCGGCUGCGUUAGGUUACCACACUCUUGUGACAAAUUACUACACGACAUUUUCUGUGCGCGGAUGACGUGAAGUUUUAGUUGUGAACGAAUAAUAACAUGGUCUGGACUUUUGAUAUCAUACGGCAAUGCAGGCAGCAUGUGUUGGUGACAGCCAGCCGGAUCUGGCCACCGAAGCUCAACAUUUUCUCCCCCUUGCCGCAUGGAGAGGCAAGGCCAAAGCAUCCAAUAGGGCGAAUGAUUUAUUCAAUUUUCCGUGGAAAUGAAUUCCCAAAAUUGAAGUAAACCUUCAGAACACAGCUUUUUAGGUUCCUUUCGGAAGUUUAUAUACAACUAUAUGAGCUGAAGUCCAUGGGCAGUCGUGCAUUGACCGCGUAGUGUUCGCAAGCUGACGAUAGACAUCCAGUAGUAUACAAAUACUGAAUGGUUUGCCCCCUGGCAGUAAAAGGUAAUGGCUAGAAACCCAUACAUGUGUAUUUCGCCAAUCGUUUGCCGAUGCAUGGCGUAGUUGUGAUGGGUUCGCCUUAUUAGCGGGCUACGCAGCGUUUUUAUAUGCUUUCUGAUAUACAAACUCCAUUUUCUUUGCUGCUUUGUUUAAUUUCAGAGGAAACAAAUGCGCAAACUUGUAGUAAAUGUCACAGUUUUUUAAAGAAUUAAUGCGAAAGUUUCUAUGUGAAUACGUAAGCAUUUCUCUAGAACAUGCCAUAUCAGCAUUGUGAAGCAUGAAGUAUUUGUAUAUUACUGUCUGUCAGUUGGCAGCUUGUGUAUAUUACGUGGUAAUUCCGCAGCGUACAAGAGAAGUUAUGGGUACCAACAAAUUUCACGACUUAUUAACUGCAACCUGCCGCUGUAUAACACAGAUAACAAAUGAAACAGAGACAAAGAUUUCAAUUCGCACAGAAAACAUCAGUGCAAAACAACAAUGUCCUUGAUUACCGCACACGGACUUACGAAUGAAAAUUGUAACCCAAAACACAAUUUAGGAAAGAAAAAAGAGGAGAUUAACAUUCAGAGGGGCGUGUAAAUCAAAAGGCUGAGAUUUACCACGGAAGACUGAGGUUGACAUAACUGUUUGCAUUGAUCGGGUUUCUCUCUCCGUAUGUAGGCUGCCUCCAAGUAGCACAAUUUCGGGGUUGUUUGUGCCAUAAGUAGCACUCGGAAGAAUUUUUUUGGGGCCAACGGAGUGAUCGCCAUUUAGGAGGUGCUUCGUGAUAGAAGAACGAGGAAUUUUAUUUUCCCAAUAUAAAAAAAAUUUAGGCUGGUGCUCAAAUGAUUUGGCUUCCAACUGCCUUUAGUUCACCCACUAUGCUUACAUCCACACAUGUAUGCGAAUUCAUAAACACAACUUGAGGUGACGCGCAGUGGUAAAGCAUCCUCUGCCCGUGGGAUUGGGAGUGUUGUAUUGAGACUGACGAAUACGAGUUCGGCUGUGUUGCACACCUUUUUAAUAGUUCAUCUCGAUCGUCGCUUCAUGGCAUUUGAAAUUUUGUCACCCAUAAAGAGUACGGAUAUUACAAUAGGAUUUUUCGGAGUUAAUUGUUCCGUCACUUUUUUUGCCAUAAGAUGUUGUUAUACCCUUGGAUGAGACGUGCUGGAUAUCUCCGUUUGGGCAAGGUCGUUUUGAGGCAAGCAACUUCUGCAUCAAGUGUCUCAAUAGAGGAAAUGGUUCUUAUUCUUUGGAAAAGACUGCACUGUGGGUUUUGUUUUCGUUGUAUUGGCACAAAGCUCAGGGAAUGUAAAUAUUGACCUUUUCAUGUAUCCUUAUGGGAACACAGCAGUUUUCUCAUUGCUCCUCUGCCAACUUGUCUGUGCAGACGUCCAUUUAGCAGAAAUCAAGUGUUUUCGUGCACAAUUUCAAAAAGCCACGUAGGGUUUCAGUUUUAAAUCGGGUUUCAGAUGCAUGGACGCAUAUGACAUCUAUGGUUUCAUCAGUUGGCGCACUUUUAUAUAGCAAUUCUACGUCCAAGGAUAUCAUGCACCUGCAGAAAAUGUUUUGAGGUCUCAUUCCCUCAAUAAAAUUAGAAGUAUCUUUUAACAUAUAAGUCGACAUAGAACACUGAAAAUGAAAACAUUGUACGGAAGCAAUGCGGAAGGUCGAAGACCUAACUGUUAUUAUAAGUAGUCUGCAUCCGAAGAUCAAAGCCACAAUGGAAAAGGAGAAGUAGAACAAGCUACUUUUCCUGGACGUUCUCAUGACUAGACAGGAAGAUGGCUCAAUAAGGCGAACAUUUUCCCAGAAAGAUACAUGAAACGGCCAAUAUUUACAUUUCCUGAGCUUUGUGCAAUACAACGAAAACUGGCUGACUGGUAUAACUGGUUGGCUACCUGCGCAACUUUGACAACCAGUGCAUACGAAAACGACAUCAAAAACCAAAUCCAACCUGCCCCAAAUUUUGGCGGCCCUUCCGUACGUGAAGAACGUCUCGGAAGCCGUCAUUAGUCUUCUUACUCUAAUUGGAGUUGGGGUUGUACACAGGCCGGAAGCAACCAUUAGGUGUCAAGUCAUGAGGCCGAAAGACCCACUGCCACGGCAGGAAGCGUCAGGAGUCGUUUACCUGGUCUGGUGCAGUUGCGGACGUAGCAACUACGUCAGAGAAACUGAGUGACUACUCCGAACGCGAAUGGCCGAGCACGCAGCAGCAGUGAGGCGGGAAGACGCUAGCUCUCAGGUGGCGGCACAUUCGACGGGACCCAGCGAUAUUUUCAAAUUUCAAUAGGUCGAAAUCCUCGAAAGCGGUGACCACGGCGUGAGCCGCGAACUCUUCAAGUCAUGGUUCUCGGGCCCGCAAUCCAACAACAAGCGCAAUGACCUCCUGUUACCGAAUUCUCUGCUGAGUUUUUCCCUGGGCAGUGGAAUCGGUUAG